AUGCCCGGAGGUCCAGCGACGGCAGGCUUGUCGGCGGCCGUGGGACAAUGGACCAAGUUCCUGGCGCGCGCCGAAGCCAAACGACUAGACCCAAGCGACUUCGCGAGAUUCGUGCCCAUCCUUAACGCGGACUUCUAUCCAUUGCCUCCCAUCAUUAUUGCCAACCUCCUCCUCAAGCCGACGAAGCAGUCUUCCUAUUCUCUCGACCCCCGCCGACUACAAUAUCUCACCAUCCUCCUCAACCAGAAGCUCGUCAAUCCCCAGUCCGUCCUGAAAGUUCUACACCACUACUCGACAUCGCAGGCCAAGAUUCAGAGUGAACAUGAUGCAGGCACCACAAACGACGCCGCGACGGCCAAUAAAGACCAAAAAGGAGACAAGAAACCGAAGAGGGUGUUCUGGCAGAACUCAUACAACGACGAGGAGAUAAUCUUUCUGCGGCUCUCCAAGGUUAUUACACAUGGUCAAGGCAUCAGGCAUGCCUCUGACGCCUACGAGAUGGCCACGAACCUGAGCAAGUGGAUAACGCUCUUCAUCGACGUCAUCGCCGCCUUUUCACGAGAUACGUUCGGCACUAUUCAGGACAUGCGGACCAAGCAGGACAUGGAAACCUCUCUUCAGGCUUUCAGUUUGCUUUUGGUCAACUUUUUGGGAAACCAACGGGUGGUUUCUGCCUUCAGCCGGCCCGAGGCUAAAGGCCAUCGCAAACGAUUAGCGAGCUCUAUCGACCAGCUUAUACCCUAUAUCCUUCAGAAUCCAAAUACCUCUGGAAUUGCGGAGAAGUUAGAGUUCAGCCGAGGGCAGGCACUGGCCGGGGAAGAGUCUUCUGACCUGAAGGACGCUGCGGUAGCGGAGAUGCAUAGCUACAUGGAUAACAUGAUCGGGCUGGACACAUGGCAAAUACCCGACAUGCCCCUAGUUAACUCUCGCGCUGGUCUGUACAUUUAUAUCAAUGCUGCGCUUGUGGGACGACCUUUGAUCGAUGACCAUUCUCUUUACACCUACCUACACAACAGAUACCAGGGUGACUUACAAACAACAGCAAUACACCUUAUCCUAGCAUCCUUCGAUGUCUUGGCGAACGCCGUCUUUAGGUACGAAGGAUCAAAAACCGGACACUUGCUCAAAUCAUACGUCGUCAACAAGGUUCCCCUAAUAUUGGGUAACUUUGCCGCUUCCUCUACACAUAUGUAUCCUUUCGACGCAGAGUUCUGCAUAUCCCAGGCGCUGGGUCAGGUUGACACCAAUGUGUUCCCGACAUUGUCCAAUAUGUUUGACAUGUCGAACACGAGCAGCUCCUUUCAGGACUCUGUACGACAAGACUUUUGCUUUGCCUGCCAGUUGCACGGGCUGUUGUCUUCGUCGGCCAUUGAGACCUUGUUGGGCGAGAUUACGUAUCAAACACUGCCGGACGAGGGCCGGUACGUGAAAGAAACGCUUGUUCAGGCAUGUUUGGAAGAUUCCGAGAGAAGUCAGAGGCUUAUCGGGGAAUUGGAUAACAUGAAUGGAAACGUGGGCGCUGCCGCGCAAGCUAUUGUUGAGGUGAUUGGUACACUCUGCCGCAACAAGGAGACCAUGACUCUCAAGCAAUUGUGCAGUCAGCUGGCCAGCAAACCGUCAUCUUUGGAUAUUCUACUGCUCUUCGACAAACCAUACAAAAUCCUUCAUCCUCUGUGCGAGCUCUUGGACAACUGGGGUGGGUACGACGAGGAUCAGGGCGAAUAUCAGCCUGUAUACGAGGAAUUUGGGUCUAUAUUGCUUCUACUACUGGCCUUUGUGCACCGCUACAGUUUGACACCCACUGACUUGGCCAUCCGGUCUCCGGAUUCGUUCGUGGGAAAGCUGCUAGGAAGGGGCUCGUUGAGUCGGCCUUUAGACGAGCUCAGCGACCAGGAAAAGUCGCACCUGAAUGGUUGGGUACAUGGGCUAUUUGACUCGGAGGCUGGUGGCUUAGGAGACGAUCUUAUGUCGUCGUGUCCUCCGCAGGACUUCUAUCUACUCAUGCCGACGCUUUUUGAUCAGAUCGUUAUGGCUUUGAGUACAGGCUGCUUGAAUGAUUACCUGUUAAGGAGUGGUCUAGAAUAUCUCUUGGAUACCCUAUUAUUGCCCUCACUAGUGCCAGCACUCUUGUUCCUUGCAAACAAUCUGCGAACCGAUAAGCAAGCCGGUCAAGGAGCGGUCAUCAAGAUUCUUCAGCUCAUUCUGCGUCCUAACUCGAUCUCUAAUGAAGCAUCUACCAUGCUCUCAUCGGUCCUGAACAUCGUCGCCAAGCCCCUGGAACUCUCACUCCGCUCCUAUCAGCGUCAAGUUCCCGCCUCACAAGAGGUCGAGCCCCUCUUGCGCGCUCUCAAAGAGAACCUGGCCGUGUCCGGCCGCACCGGUGGCGCCGAUCAUAGCGAGCUGGAAAACUGGACCGGCACGCACCACAACGGGUCCGGGUCCGUCGGGGGUCUCUACGGCGCCAUCCGCCACGCCGUCCAAAACCUGGUCCAAUGGGCUCAACACUCCCCCGGCAACGGCGUGCCCACCACUUACACCCACCGCCAGGUCCUCGUCGCCCUCCAGAUCUGCGGCGCAAGGCGUCUCCUUUCCGCCUUGCUUGAGGAGCUGAAAGCGCAAACAGAAGCCGGCAACGGCCCCGUCGCCUACGACGUCGUCACCGCCAUCAUCUGCGCUCCCGACGUCCACAACACCCCCGUAAUGGACGACGACCCCUCUACCAGAGGUGGAGGGGAUUCAAAUAACCACCCCGUCCUCAAACGCCAGCGGAGAAUCACCCUCCGCGAAGCCCUCAAAUUCGAAGCGGAAGAGUUUAAGAAAAUCCAGAAAUCGGACCCCUUAAUGGCCGAAACGGUCGUCAGGUUGCAUCGCCGCGUCGAGGCGCAGAUGGCCCUCCCUCCGCCGCCUCCGCCGCCCGCGCAGCAUCAUCAUCAUCAUCAGCAGACGAUGCUGCAGCCGGAGCUGAGCGCGUUGGGUGUGGUGGCUGGGGAUGCCAUGGGUGAUUCGAUCAUGAAUGCUGCGGCGGUUGCAGUGUCGAGUGGUGAUCAUCACCAUUCGGUGGAUGCAAUGAGUCUGGAUGCUGCUGGCAUGGGUGGGUUGGAUGUCGGGGGAGCGGGUGGGAUGGAUUUGAGUGGGAUGGGUGAUAUGGGUAUGGGUGGUAUGGGUGGGUUGACGGUUAAUACGAGCACUGGAGGGGUGGGAGGCGGUGUUGGAGCGGGUGCUCAGAGUGGCGGUGGUGCAGGAGGAGGUGCUGGUGCGGCCGGGAAUGGAGCAGGAGGUGCUGGCGGUGCUGGCGGUGGAGGCAGCGGCAGCGGUGGUGCGGGAGGAGACUUGAGUGGCGAUGAUAUCUUUAGCGGAUUGGGGACGGGGGACUUUACAACGGAUUUCGGGAACUGGGAUACGAUGGACUUGGGGUAGUAUCCUCAACGUCCAAGACAGAUGGUCCCGGAGGAUGGGGACUGAGAACGGUGGAAUGCGAAUCGUUUGU